AUGCCUCCUUCACCCCAAACAGCAAAACUAACCAGCACCCUUCACCUCCUCAUUCCGCGCCUUCGCCUCCUCCAAAAGAAAGAUACCGCCAGUUCCGUCGUCCAACGCCGCGACCUCUCAGCCCUCCUCGCCGAAAACCGCUCCACCAGCGCCCGCAUCCGCGUCGAGAAUGUCAUCGCCACCGACACCGCCGUGGAAGUCAUGGAGAUGGUCGAGCUCUACUGCGAGCUACUUCUAGCCCGCGCAAAUGUGCUCGAUCAAGCUGCCUUUGGGGAAAAGGGCACGAGAGCGCGCAGUCGAGCCCGGAUCGAGGCGCAGAAACAACAUGCCCCCUCUUCCUCCUCAUCAGCAAUGAAAAGUUCGGGAUCGGGAUUUUCGUUUUGGGGAUUUGGAAGAAAAGAUACCACCGCCGCCACUACACCACAGUCUGCGGUCCGAGAUAGUUCUAAGGGUGUAGAGGGAGAAGGAACUGGGUCCGGGGAGGAGGAAAAAGAGGGAUACAUUGAUCUUGCGCUUGAUGAAGCCGCAGCAGUCAUCUUCUACUCGUAUCCGCGCUUUCCGCAUGAUAUACGCGAGAUGACGAUUCUACGGGGCCUGCUUUCAGAUCGAUGGGGGAAGGACUUUAUGAUGUUGGCGCAGGAGAAUAAGCUGGAGGAUGUGCGCGUGCCGGAGCGGCUGCUGAAGGGGCUGCGGGUGCGACCGCCGACGGGCGAGUUGGUGGAGAGUUAUUUGAUGGAGAUUGCGCGCGCGUAUGGCGUUGCUUGGCCGGUGGAUACGGAGUCUCCGUCGCGAGUAGACGGGGAUGUGCCCGAUCUGAUGGAGGAGGGGAAAGACAGAAAUGAGGGAGAGGGCGGAGAUGGCGAUGGGGAUGGGGGGUUGCCAUCCACACCGAGGAAGAUUGGACAGGCCAGCGAGAGCGAGGCGCGACGGGCGUCCGAGACAGUCGAGUUGAACAAGGCGACGCCACCGAGAGGUCUCUUUUCGGAAGGGAAGAGUCCAGUGAGUGUGGCACCGCCGGGACCUAGGACGGAUAACCUGAAUCCCAGGGUCAAAGUGGCAGGGGAGGACGUGUCGCGAGACUCAGCCCAGGGCCAGACGAGGACAGGAAAGAGUGAGAUACCCGAGUUGGAUGAACUGACGCAACGGUUCGCGGCCCUGCGGCGGUGA